UGAUUUCUUGUUUAGUUUAUUGUACGCUGUCGUCGAAUCUACACACAUUUUUUUGGAAAAGUCGUACAAUUUUCCAAAAUCUAUAUUUUCCAACCAAGUAUGGCUGGUUUAGAAAAUUUAAGUGAGCGAGACAGAGCAGUUUUGAGAAGUAUUUUUGAUCCUACAGCGACGAUCGGUGAUGUGGUAGAUGAUGGUGACAACUUUCCUGAAGACGAACAAUCAAAGGAAUCUGACGAAGAGUCCAUCAGGCUAUCAUCAGAGGGCGUUGGCUUAGCAGAGGCUGGUAGACUGGAGGAAGCGCUCGAAACCCUGACAAAGGGCAUCCAGGUGGCUCCCGACAGAGCAGCCGGUUACAACGACCGCGCGCAGGUGUUCAGACUUAUGGAGAAGGAUGAUGAGGCUAUGUCGGACAUCGACCGGGCAUUGCAUCUGACGGAAGGCAAGCGUAGCCGCGCCCGCGCGCUAGCUCUGUGCCAGCGCGGGGUGUUGCUGAGGAAGCGAGGCGCAGACGCCGAUGCGCGCGCAGCGUUUACUGAAGCCGCCAAGCUUGGCAGCGGAUUUGCUAAGAAACAGGUAGUGGAGCUGAACCCUUAUGCUGCACUUUGCAACCAAAUGCUGAGCCAAGUCAUGCGUGGGGAGGACAUCAAACUAUGACAAGCUAAAGUUUGGUUGUACCAGUCACUUUUGACUUUAACUUUAGCUUGCGCACAAAAACGUAAAGUACGUCGUUUAGUUUCGCGGCGCACAGAUUAAAGUUAACGUCAAAGUUGUCUGGUGCGACCCACCAUAAAAUAUCAUGAUCACUUUUUA